AUGAGACAGGCGGUAGGUAGCAGUGCCGGGAAGUCGCAGCAGGUGAACACCAGCAGCCGCAGCAUCACCAUCCGCAGCAGCAACAGCAGCAGCCGCCGCAGCAGCAGCAGCAGCAGCAGCAGCAGCAGCAGCAGCAGCAGCAGCAGCAACAGCAGCAGCAGCAUCAGCCACAACAGCAGCAUCCGCAGCAGCCGCAGCAGCAGCAGCAGCAGCAUCCGCAGCAGCCGCAGAGCCAAAAUCCAGACUCGCGUACCCACCAUCACCAUCACCUGCAGCAGCAGCAACAGCAUCAUCAUCAGCAUCACCCGGGCAAUCAUCUUCACUCUGGCGAUUCGGGGGGUGGGAUAGGAGGUGGAGGUGGAGGAGGAGGCGGAGGCGGCGGCGGCGCCGGCGGCGGCGGCGUCGGCGGAAGUGGCGGCGGCGGCGGUGGCGGCGGCGGCGGAGGAGGAAGCGGCGGUGGAAACGCCGGUGGUGUUGCUGUUGUUGCUGGCGCGGGGCCACCAGGACCCGAGCCGGAUCGCACCACGAGAAUUCACGACGACGACGAAGAGGACAUUACCGAGAGGGAGGACGAGGAGGAGGACGAGGAUCCGUGCAGCUCGCCAGAGCCCGACCUUGAAAACGAGUCCGAACCAAUGGAGAUCCAGGCGUCGGCUGUCACCGCGGCAGCCGCGAAUCUCCACGCGCUCCGUCAGCACGUAUUCAAGAUGUCGGACUACUGGCAGCAGCCCCAGCGCGGUCCAC